CCGACUUGUUCCUGUGGCUGGGCGAUAAAUGAAAGUCGGACCAGCAAACUAGGGCGGCUGUGGUUGUCAUGCCGAAAAACUGUUUCCGACUUUGCUUAUUAUUUUUUAUUUUUUAGGUAAUACGUGCAUGUUUAUGUGUUUAUUUUAAUUACGCUUCUGCAUCAAAGUGCUGAGAUGGCCUGGUUCCUGCCAUUCGCGGCUCUUCUCAUACAAGGGGCAGUCCAGUGUAAGCCGACAUUAUUGAAAAACACCGUGGACCCAGAAGUCAACAUGAACAUUAGUGAGCUCAUAUCGUUUUGGGGCUACCCGGCAGAAGAGCACAAGGUGAUCACCGAAGACGGCUACAUCCUGAGCGUCAACAGGAUCCCCCAUGGUGUGAAGAGCAAGCCGGUGGAAGGCCCUCGCCCAGUGGUGUUCCUACAGCAUGGGCUGCUGGCAGCUGGAAGUAACUGGGUGACCAGUCUGCCCAAUAACAGCCUGGGCUUCUUCCUCGCCGACGCUGGUUAUGACGUGUGGAUCGGGAACAGUCGUGGGAACACCUGGUCCAGAAGCCACAUCAGACUCAGCCCAGACCAGGACGAGUACUGGAAGUUCAGCUAUGAUGAGAUGGCCAAGAAGGACCUUCCAGCAGUGGUGAAUUUCAUCAUAAAGACCACUGGCCAGGAGCAGAUCUUCUAUGUGGGUCAUUCCCAGGGUACCACCAUUGCCUUCAUUGCAUUUUCCACCAUGCCUGAACUAGCGAGCAGAAUCAAGAUGUUCUUCGCUCUGGCCCCAGUAGCCACAGUGAAAUAUGCACAAAGCCCAAUGGUCAAGUUGUCCAUUUUCCCCGAUUUCCUUAUUUGGGACUUUUUCGGAAGGAAGGACUUUCUUCCACAGAAUGAGAUUAUCAAGUGGUUUGCCACCAAGCUGUGUAGCCGGAAACCCAUUUCCGCCCUGUGUGGAAAUAUCUUCUUCGUUCUUUGUGGUUUUGAUGAGAAGAACCUGAAUAUGACCCGUAUCCCUGUGUACACCACUCACUGCCCAGCUGGGACGUCUGUACAGAACAUGGUCCACUGGUCGCAGGCUGCGCAUCAUGGGAAGCUGAUGGCCUAUGAUUAUGGGAGAUGUGGAAAUAUGGCUCAUUACAAUCAGACGACCCCACCUCUGUACCACGUGCGGGACUUGACGGUGCCCACGGCAGUGUGGUACGGAGGCCAGGACAUGCUGGCCGAUCCCAAAGACGUGGCCUUGCUACUCCCUCAGAUCCCCAACCUCGUUUACCAGAAGCGAGUCCAGCACUGGGAGCACCUGGACUUCAUCUGGGGUCUGGACGCCCCCCAGGAGAUGUUCGGCGACAUGCUGAAGCUGAUGAGGCAGCAGGCAUGAGCCGCCUGAUGCUGGCCGGCGCGGCCGCUUGUGACUAGCGUCUAGCUUCUGGGAAGAGCACAACUGCCGUCAAUUCAAUUAGGUUUUUAUUUUUUGCAAACCAAGUUCAGAGUUAAGCCCGAAAGCAGUGCUGUGAAAUGCUGUGCAAUGUGGUUCGUGAGUGUGGCACAGAGUGUGAUUUAACAGCAGCGCGCCACCGUACCCGCGAUCUCGCCGACUGAAGUCGGCCCUCAGAAACUUUGGUCGCCACAGGAUUUGUGGUUUUUUUUUUUAGCUACCAAAGUUCCAUCUCGAUCCCUCUGUUCGCUUUCAGUUUUCUGACCAAAAAGUUGAGCACAUUAUAAGCGAGUUUAGCGGAGCAGACCCAAGCAGUCACAGAAAGAUGAUGGAUAUUCAUCUUUUAAGUGGUUUUAACUCAGGAAAUCCAUUGGAUUCAUUUCAUGGCAGGAAUGUAUUUCUUUAUCGUUUGACGUUUUAGACCUUUUAUACUAAUCAUUUCUCAAAAUUUCUUCCAUAACUGCAUUGUUUUUCAUGCUGUUUCCCUCCCCCUUUUUGCUGAAAGACAAACCACUGUGUGUGUGGCUUUUUUUGUUUUGUAUUAACUCUUCACUUGGGUGUUAACACCCUCUUGCCGUUUGAAUCAUUACAAUUAACUGAGGGUGACAAUUCAACACAUACUGUCAUCACUUCACACCCCAGGGCUGUGGGUGAAACCAGUCUGCAAUCCUCCGUUACUUUGCAUGUUCAUUNCCCCCCCCCCACUCACCCGAAGUACAUACAGUUCUGCCUUAAGAUCACCUAUGUGCCUUAUAAUGUGCGCCCCCUGGUGGACUGAUUCCCCACUGGCGGUGCGCCCUGCCUUAUGGUGCUGUAUUGUUACAGUGCAGAUAGGAUAAAUCACUGGAAAAAUAACAGAUGGAUGUUUAGUCAUUCUACGACGCAGUGUGGUUGACUAGAAUUUCUCACCAAAGCCUUCUGCCUUGAACAUUAUGGUUUGUGUUUAAUUCAUUUCAUGUAGUUGAGAGACAGCAACUGUAAACAACACUGACUGAACUGUGGUCCUGAAUUAAACUGUAUGAUUAUAAAA